GGGAACCUUUCUCAUCACGGAAACGUGAGAUCCACAAAUAAAAGGGUGGUGGGUUUUAGGAGUAUUUGUUUGGCUGGGUCCUCCGUUCUUCUCUCUGCCACCCCCUCUGAGAGGGCUCAGUGGUACAUCCCAGGAGGCGCUUAGUUUGGCGGUUCUUUCAGAGCAAAGGAAGGGGCUUCGAGGCAGGAGGAGGAGGCGCUGGGCUCCCGUAGGAAGGAGCGGAGGAAGCCUGGUGUUUGAGAAAUGAAUAACAAUGAUCUUCAGAUGUAUGAAGAUGAAAUCCAGUCUUUGGAGGAAGAAAUCAAAACCUUAACAGAAGAAUAUGAAUGCAGUCACCAUGCUUCAAUGGCUUAUUCUGAUGAGGACAUAAUGAACAUGUUGAAAUCGUCUAAAAGAAAAUCUGUUGAAAAACUUGGACAAUAUGAAUCUCCUCCAGAUUUGAAAACUCAGCUUGAGUUGUUAGAAUCUGACCUCUCCUUCAUAAUGAAACUUACAGGCAUUUGCUUCACACAUUAUUCCAGGAAACCUGUGGAGAAAAAUGGAACUAAAACUACACAUAAGUAUCGAUUAUCAGGAAACUGUGAGUCAGUGCCCUUUCAGGUGGAAUUUCAACUUUUUGAAGAAAGUCAGGUUAAGAAGAAUGUUUCAGCCAUUGUUACAGACCUUAACAUUAUAAUAGACUCAGAGGAAUAUUCUGAUUUAAGUAAACUUGUAUCCAGAGUUGAAGAGAAUGGAAAUUUGUUACUGUUCUUCAAGAGUCUCUUGUGUUUCUCUGAGUGGCAUGGACGUCGGAAAUGUGUGUUCACCAAUUUCAAGAACAAGUAUCCUGAAGUAGUUGUGCUUCCUGAAGGAUUGUCUGGCGACUACAUGCUCCUAAGAAACACUCAGCUUCCUGGCCUUGAAUUAAUGAUUGUGUGGAAGAUACGUGUGGAUGAAGGAGGAAAUGUUACACCAGUUUUGGAUCUCCUUCACAAAAUACCAGUGUCAGUUGAGAAAGCCAACAAGUUCGCAUUAGAUGCUCCACACUGCUUCAGAAGUCUUCUGCAUGUGCUUGGGAUAGAGGCCUCCAUUGAAACACUCAUCAAGUCAUUUUGCAAUGGCAAAUCAGUAUAAGGACAUUAUAUUAUGCAUCUGUAGCUUUAUUGAAUAUAAACAUUAAGUUAUUUUCCAUUUAGAAACCAUACCCAUAAAACAUGCUAUCUGUACAAUUAUGGCACAUAUAUAUAUAUAUAUAUAUAUAAAUUGUCAGACAAAUAAAUACAGCCAUUUAAAUACAAAAUGCUAAAGGAUAAGGUACAAGUUGAGUGAAUUUCAUUAAAAAAUUAACUUUCUCAGUUGAAGUGGUUUUUCCUCUCCAUAGCAUUUCCUAGACGUUCUUCAGAUAAACCUAAUUCAAGUCUGUAAAAAGUGGCAGUUUUAGUUCACAGUUGUAUAUGCAACAGUGAUUUUUUAGACAAUGAUACUGAAAAUUUUUAAUGAAAUAAAGUUUGAUACCAAAAAAAA